GCAGCUGGGCUGACCUGCGGGACUUGAGCCUUGGCCCGAGGGAUGGCCAACGUGCGGGUGGCCGUGAGAGUCCGGCCCCUCAGCAAGAGGGAGACCAAAGAAGGGGGAAGAAUUAUUGUGGAAGUUGAUGGCAAAGUGGCAAAAAUCAGAAAUUUAAAGGUGGACGGUCGACCCAGUGGCUUUGGCGACUCCCGGGAGAAGGUUGUGGCAUUUGGCUUUGAUUACUGCUACUGGUCAGUCAACCCAGAGGACCCUCAGUAUGCAUCUCAGGAUGUGGUGUUCCAGGAUUUGGGGACUGAAGUACUGUCUGGAGCUGCCAAAGGCUACAACAUAUGCCUUUUUGCCUAUGGGCAGACAGGCUCUGGGAAGACAUACACCAUGCUGGGCACCCCAGCCUCUGUUGGGCUGACACCACGGAUAUGUGAGGGUCUCUUUGUCAGGGAGGAAAACUGUGCCCCACUGCCUUCCUCCUGCAGAAUAAAAGUAAGCUUCCUGGAAAUCUAUAAUGAACGAGUGCGGGAUCUGCUGACACAGUCUGAUCAAAAAAAGGCCUAUAAUCUGCGGGUCAGGGAGCACCCAGAGAUGGGGCCCUAUGUACAAGGUUUAUCUCAACACGUAGUUACCAGCUAUAAGCAAGUAAUUCAGCUCUUGGAGGAGGGAAUAGCAAACAGAAUCACAGCAGCAACCCAUGUUCAUGAGGCCAGCAGCAGAUCCCAUGCCAUCUUCACUAUCUACUAUACGCAGGCAAUCCUGGAGAACCACCUCCCCUCUGAAAUCGCUAGCAAGAUCAACCUUGUGGACCUAGCAGGCAGUGAAAGAGCAGAUCCCAGUUACUGUAAGGACCGGAUUACUGAAGGAGCCAAUAUCAACAAGUCUCUUGUGACUCUGGGGAUCGUCAUCUCCACCUUAGCCCAGAACUCUCAGGUAUUCAACAGCUGCCAGAACCUCAACAGCGCAGCGAGCGAUGGUAGUGACAGUGGCAUCCCUAGCUCUCCUUCCAGGACCAGCAGUGGAGCGGGACCUUCCCAGAGGCAGUCUUACAUCCCCUACCGGGACUCUGUGUUGACCUGGCUGCUGAAGGACAGCCUCGGAGGCAACUCCAGAACCAUCAUGGUUGCCACCGUGUCUCCUGCACACACUAGCUACAGUGAGACCAUGAGCACGUUGAGAUACGCAUCCAACGCCAAAAACAUCAUCAACAAGCCACGGGUAAAUGAGGAUGCAAACGUGAAGUUGAUCAGAGAACUCAGGGAAGAGAUUGGAAGACUGAAAGCCAUGCUGCUGAGCUUUGAGCUGAGAAACUUCCAUUCAUUGAAUGAGGGAAAGGAUGAAAAUCUGAAGGAGCUGGCUCUCCAAAAUGAAUUGAAGAUUGACCAGCUGACUAAAGACUGGGCCCGUAAGUGGAACGAGUGGAAGGCCCUCGUGGAGCAUUACAGAGUGGACAUCAACAGGAGGAGGGCUGGGCUGGUCAUCGACUCCAGCCUGCCACACCUGAUGGCCUUGGAGGACGAUGUGCUCAGCACAGGUGUCGUGAUCUAUCACCUCAAGGAGGGGACAACAAAAAUAGGAAGGAUUGACUCAGACCAGGAACAGGACAUUGUCCUGCAGGGUCAGUGGAUCGAGAGAGACCACUGCACUAUCACCAGCGCCUGUGGGGUCGUCAUUCUGCGGCCUGCCCGCGGGGCCCGCUGCACAGUCAAUGGCCGGGAGGUCACCGCCUCCUGCCGUCUGACCCAAGGAGCAGUCAUAACCCUGGGGAAAGCACAGAAGUUCCGAUUCAACCACCCCGCAGAGGCCGCCGUCCUUCGGCAGAGGAGGCAGGUUGGAGAGACUGUUGGUAGCAGUGGCUCUCUGGAGUGGCUGGAUUUGGACGGAGAUGUCACUGCCUCCCGGUUGGGUCUCUGCCCUUUGCUUGGGAAGGAAAGGAAAGUGCUGGGAGAGCAGAGUGACAAGGACCACAGGCCACCAAGGGCUGGAGAGACACCCUGCGGGGCCCAGAUUCAGCAGCAGCAGCUGUGCUUCGUGGGGGAUUUGAGGCAGCGAAUCCUAGCGGGACAGAUUAGAGCCAAACAGAAACGGAAACUGGACGGGACGCAUGCCAGCCAGCAGGUUAAAGACGACCAGCAGUGGCUGCUCAGAGAAGGGACCUGGCCAGCCCGCUUGCAGCGGCAGCUGCAACAAGACCGUGUAGAAGAGAAAGAACUUGCAGCCACUGUUCCAUCUGAUUCACGGUGCCAGACAGACCCUGAGACUCAGCCAUCUCCCCUGGUCCAAAGCCAGAAGAGGGUGGUGCACCCACAGCUCCUGUGGAGACUUGCGCUUCAGGUGGCGGAGCGGAACAGCCGGCAGAGAAGGGUCUCGUUCCAGCUGGAGAGGAUCAUCGAGAAGCCGAGGCUGCUGGAGGCCCACAGGAGACUGGAGCAGCUCAGGGAGCUGAGCUGGCUCCAGGAUGACUGCCCCCGGAGGCCCCCCUUCCCGGCCCCCUGCCCUGGUUCCCUGGUCCCAGGGCCUCAAUGUAGAAGCAGAUUGACAAGUUGCAGUUCUUUGAGCCUCCGAAAGCCCUGUAGCCGGCACUCAGCCCAGCUGCGCAGUGUUUUCCUGAACUGGGAUCCCUCCACCACGUUACCUCCUAUGCCUGACCCUACAGAGCAAUUAUCAGAGAAAACCCCAUCAGAAGAGUACUUGCCCCAGGCUGCUUGUUACCCCGCAAGGACAGGGUAUUUCAUCAAGCAUGCCCUCUGUUCCUCAGGCGAGGGGCAGCUCUGCACAGCCAGGAAGGCCCUGGCCAGGAAGGGAGCCUCACCCUCUGGCACCUGCCUCACUGAGAGCUGCGAGUCUGCCAGUGUCCGGGAAGUGGAGAGAGUGGGUAAGCAGCCCUGUCAGAUGGUGGCCCAGAGUUUCGCAGCUAACAAGCUAAAGUCAUGGGAUAAGCCGGAGGUCCUCACCCCUUCUACCCAGACCAGGAGGGCUAGCCACUCACCAGCAGGGUGGGGAAAAGAAGGGAACCUUGGGCCCCAUGAGGCUGCUGAGCGAGCCAGUUGCAGUUCCUCACAUCCCCAUGGAUCCAAACAGGCCACUGGGCGUGGAAAGGCAGCCAAGACUUUCUGGGCAGAAUCCACCCCACCUUCUCCAAGCGGGGCAUCAAAGAGGCAGCAGAGGGUCCUGGCAGCUAGGGUGAAAAAUCCUCACUUGCCUCACAGCAGCCCUUUGAAGAGGUGAAACAGAGCAGGGGACCCAGACACCACGGCCUCACUCACAGGUUCCAGCCCUGUAGAGGAUCUUGCAAGAGAAAAAGGUGGUGAUUUAUCUGACGCAGAUAGCAGUCACUCAGUAGAUUCUCUCUCCUGUGUCUGUACCAAAGCCCUGCUGGAGCCACGGAAGCUGGAGGAGCCCCAGGGGAAGGAGCAGGAUCUCCCAGAGCCAGAUGACUCCGACAGCGAAGACAGCCAAAUAUCUGAGGACUCGCUGGCCGAGAAGGGGUACCAAAGCCCACAGGACAGCCCAGGGCUCAGUUAUCUCACCCAUGGCCAUGGCCACUCCAGGGCCAGAGCUCAAGCCUCUUUGACGGGCUUCGCCACAUCCUCAGACUGUCGACUGUUCACUCAGACUCACAGGAGCUUUUCCCUCGACAGCCUGAUUGACGCUGAGGAAGAACUGGGGGACGAUCAAGAAGAGCCUUUCUUCCGUUCAGCUGACGAGAUGCCCACGGAGACUUUCUGGCACCUGCAGAGCUCCAGUCUGCCCGCAGGGGACCAGGAGGCAGUGUGCAGGCCUGGCCCCAUCAGCCACAGAACAGGAGCCAGACUGGAUGCUGCCCUGCCAGUGAGCAGUUCAUUUUACCUGGAGCUCCAGCCCCGUUGUGAGCAGCCAGAGUUGGCAGUGGAGGCAAGCUCCGCAAAACAAACCAACACUCUCCAAGACGUGCAGCUUUCAAGAGGGAGCCCUCUGGUGCCCAUGGAUUCCCGGUUCUCCUGUGACUCCAAGAUCAAUCCCAGUAGCCCCCCAGGUUCUUUAUAUCCAAGUCCUGAUGUCCAGGAUGUUCAGCCCUGCGGUUGGGAGAGGCCUGGAAACUGGCCCAAUAUGGAAGAACUAAAGUCAUCAGAUACAGAAACAGCCCUGUCCUACAGCUCCAAACGGCCCCUGGGCGGUGCUGAGCUGCCCUGCAGUGUCAGAAGUGUGUACACAGUCCCUGUUUCUGAUACGACCAGGGUGUCCCCCUGGGGCUCUUAUAGGCUUCUUCAGCCAGGAGCCGAUGGCACCUCUCAGGCCAGAGGGGUCCCUGACAUGGCCCAGAAGGGUGUCUCUGAAGCAUCUGACUCCAGUGUGUCAAGCUUGUUGGCUGCCUCUGCCAUCUCAUUCACUUACGUUGGCAGUGCCUGUGAGAGAGACUGGGCUGCCCUUCAGCAAAAGUACCUCCUUGAACUGUCUCAUCCUGUUUUGGAGGCCACAGGAGCACCCAGUCUUCCUUCUCAAGGGAAGGGAAAGCCCUCCCUCGAGGAAGACUCUGGUUCCCUGACCCAAGCUUCUGGCAGGGGAGGAGAUGCUCUAUUGCCAAUUGGUCCUAGGGUAUCUAGCAGCCCGGAUUUCAACAACUUUCCUAUCCAUCUGUCCGGAAUUAGGUGUUUGAGAGCUGAGAAUGAACAGGACAGUCUGCGUGUCGAGGUAGAAGGUACUUCAGAUUUCUUUACAACUAGUGAGAAAGAGGUGAGUUAUAGUGGAACUUAUUCAGCGGACGUAGAAUCAUCGACUUCCGGAACUACAAAUAUGCAGGUCUCUACAGCAGCGAACAAGACAGUGCAUCCCGUGAUGGAAGCAUGGGGAGUCAAAGAGAGCAGCUUGGAAGAAGCCUCUCAGAGUAGCAAGAAACCUGGACUCAUGACGUCCUCUGAUGAAUGUUUCAUCCUAACGAACGCUUGUCACCAUAUUGUCACCAUAGACACCGAAGAACCCCAUUGGCCCCAAGGCGGGGCUCCUUUGAGGAAGAAUAGUACAGACCCAGGGCGGCAAUUAGGUCAGAACUGCCACCGCCCCCCGCAGGAAGAGAAGGCAGACUCCCAGGAGAGCUCCAAGGAAGCGGGUAGAAGACACAGCAGGUUUUCCUUUGCCUUUCCUUCAGGUCCAGAGCUGUACCUCCACUCUGCUCCCUGGAAUCCACUCCCAUCUUCCCUGCAGCCACCUCCCUUGGAAACAUUCUAUGUGACCAAAAGCCGAGAUGUCCUAACAGAAACCGCCUUGGAAAUCCCAGCUUGCAGAGAAGCAAGGGUGCCCUCCCCACCUCCCAGGGAAGCAUGGGGCUUUGGACAUGAGCACCAAGUCCUCCAAAAUGUGUAUGUGAAGAAUAAAUUGCCAGUACUGUCACAAAACCAGAAUUCCAAGAUUGCAUCGUCUCAGCAGGUCAUAGCAGAGAGGCCAGCUGAUCUGAACACCAAGGAAGUUUGCAGAGAAAAAGGGAAAUGCCUUGGAAACAUUAAAGAAGAAAGCCAUAAUUCAGUUUAUUUUUUUGUCACUCAGAACAGACAUUUUCUUCCAUCUACCAGCAUAAAAGUAUGUGAAUUUGAAAAUGAAGUUGGAAUUUUAAAUAAACACAGUCUUCCAGUGCUCAAGCAGGGAGAAAAGGCUACUGUACAGUCCUACUGCAGUGUCUCCUCAGACAGUUCUGGGUCAAGGAGGCCUCUCCUGGUGUGUGAAUCUGAGACGGGUGGGGAAGAAGAGCAGGGGCAGGCUGCAGUCCUCCGAGAGACCGAGGCCUUUGACAGGAAGAGGCAGUUUCCUUCCGGGGUCGGGUCUGAUUUCAUCUAUAAAACCAUCAAUUUAGGCCUUGACAAGGACAAGAUAGAGGAAGCUGCUCUUUCUUUGAAGUCCAGAUCAGUACAUCAUAGAGUAAGCAGCCCAGAGACAGCAGCCCAGAAUGAGAGUCCAACCCACAAGGGGGAAAGGAGGAAUGAAAUUGGGCUUCUUGGAAAAGUGCUCCAUCCCAAAGAUGGCUCAGAAGAGUUUAAGCUUCCACAGGCAGAGUCUACGCGUGAAAGAUUCCAGUCAGUUACGUGCUUUCAGGAAAGAAACCUCGGUGAAUGCAAGGUCCCUGGAAAGGUGCAAGAAACGUUAAACCCCAAAGAAGAACCUCCUGGAAAGAAAUGGAGCAAAAGAGGUAUUAAUGCUGAUGAGAUGGCUAGGCUAAUUAGGAGUGUAAUGCAGCUGGAAAAUGGCAUCUUGGAAAUUGAAUCCAAACAGAGUAAGCAGCUAUAUGCUUCCCACACACCGGGAGUCAGUAAGGAGUUUAUGUUCCAGGACCAGAAGGACCAGGAGAGUGCUAACCAUGUGCUGAGGCCAGGCAGCUUUAGAGACCACCUGUCCUUCAAGGAUCAGCCAUCUUCUCCAAAAUGGAAAGAUGAUAUUAUCUUUAGGGAUGGUGAAGCUGGACAAAUGGAGGUUAACAACAGCAUUGAUCCCCGGGUACAGGACAUCAAAUUUGUGAAAGGGCACACCUACCCAGCUGUAUUAGACAGACCCGCCAGGGACACUGGUGGUUAUUUAGGGACAUUUACAGUUUGCACAGAAUGCACCAACACUUCUGCUCAUCCAAGGAAAACGAAAGCUUCGGCUGGAGCUCUGCCAUUGCAGCCCAUGCCUGAGAGGACUUCUGAGGAGGGCGAGCUGGCGAAUGCAGUGUACCCCAGGCGGCCGCCCCGUGGCUUGGGAAGUCUCGAGGAGCUGGAGACCGUGAAGGGUGUUGAGGAAAGACAUUUUGCCAAACGCACACGUAGUUCUAAGCAAGAGGAGCCGGAAGUUCGAGGCAGACUUGAAGAAAUGGCUGUGCAAAGAGGGAGCCUACAGGAGAAAAACAAAGUGGUUUCAUCAACUCAGAAACUCCCUGGCCAGUGCCAGCAUUGUGUGCGCACAUUUUUCAGCCAAGAGACGGGCCCAUUGCCAAGCCAGCCAGGGUCCUGUAUGGCUCCUCACCAAGAUCUGAGUAACGCCUUGCCCUUGAAUUCAACAAGGCCGCCAGGAACCUAUCUUUAUGUACCUGGUACUCUAGGCAUCUCUUCUGUUGACUAUGUGCUGGAUCCCACCCUGUUGAGAAUGCCCACCAGUCCCCUGGUAACUGGAGCGGGGCGUCAGGACCAGAGCGGAGAGCCCGGACGCCACAGCCCACAGCAGGGAGACGAUAGACAGGGCUUCUCCGCGGCACACCCUGCUUGGUGCGGGUCUGUGAUAUCCAUGGCUGUGGGAUCUCGCAGUCAAUCCAGUGCACCAGUGAGCAUUCCCCUGGGAGCAGAGGGCAGGAUGUCAACAAGCACCGGUCCGCAAGGCCACGGAGGGGACCUCAGAAGCACCUUGCUGGGCUUGGGUAGCAGGGUGGGUUCUCCUUCCAAAGCAGAGGCAGCUGUACCAAGAAGACCAGAGAGAGCCAGUUCCCUGAACAGGGCCUCUAGCCCGCUUGAAAGGAGGGCCAGCUGCCCCUUAGAGGAGGCGGACAAGCGAGGCAGCGGGGAGAGGCAGAAGGCAGAGAAGGAGGCCAAGGACCUCAGUCCUGCCGGUGGUGCUUUCUCAGCUCCUGUGUCCUUGCCAGGGGUGCCUCAGCCGGAGCUCUCCGCCCAUCCACCCAAGCGCCUGGCUGAGCUGGAGGAGAUUCGCCAGGCAAAGGCCCAGGGGAAGCAGCUUCACAACGCGGUGGCUGGGGGCACAGUCCUUCCUCACGAUGAGACACUGUUAGGACCUGAAUGUUCUUCAGGGGCCCCUGGCAGGCCUCAGUGUCCACAGAUGGACCAGUCAAUGUCAGCCAGGACUAGAAAUGAGGGUGAAGCACGGGGAUUUCAUGUGGCAUCUCUCUCUGCUAAACCAGGACACCUGUCAAGUAAUGAGAGGACAUCUGUCCUUCAGGCCACACCACCCUCUGCAGACAGCUGUCAACCUCUGCCCAGCACUGACACUAACACAGGGCCAUGGCACCCCUCAUGGACUUCCUCCCACGCUGACCCUGCUCCAGGUAGAAGUCACUGUACUGGAAAACUGAGACAUUUCCUGGGAGCUGGUGAACAGUUUAUGCGUCACACUAGCUCUUCUGAAAUCAUAGAGAAAGAGGGAGGAGCAACCAGAACACCUUCCUCUGCUGAUGCUUUGGGCUCAAACAGUCUUCCUUCUUCAGCAGAUGUGGAGGAGGACAGGAGGGUAAUGGCAGAGGAAAUAGUGGCUGCCUUACCUUCUCAGGCCCCUUUUGAUGAUGCUGGAUGGAUUCUACGUGGGCAAGGCCCGUUUGCUGCCUGGGAGGCUGCCCAGGGCAUGUUCCCUGGCUGGCAGGAGAGCAGCCCAGCCCACCAAGAACCUGGGACUCUGGACAACACAUGGGGAGGAGGUCCUGGUAACUUCCUAGUGGCUGCACAAGGAGGAAAACCAACCUGUUUUGAAAGUCACCUUGUGAUCUGUGAUGUACAGAAUUCUGCCAGCCUCUCAGGGCCUAACCAAUACCAGGGCCAAUGCCUUGAGGCUUCUACCGGCUUAGAAGAAGGGAAGGCGAGUCCCAAACGGGGUGCCAUCCUGCCCAGAGCCCCAGGAGGGAUUGAACCGGAAGCUCCCUCUCAGCACCCUGUGAAGCGGGGGGGGAGUGUUGGCUCUGGGCUAGCAGAAGCCUGCAGGGGCAGCGUUGAAGGUCCCAGGCCAACUCUGUUGCCGGAUCAGAGACCCGGGGGAGUUAGGGAGGAGGCCCUGCGCAGGUGCCCACAGGAAACUUCAGACUGUGGUGUCUUUUCGGGGAGCACUGAAGGCAGCAGGACCCUCAGCCCAUCCGGGGGCCAAGAAGACAGCGGAUCUCAUCCUUGCCGGCAGCUGUGCAACCCUCAACCCAUUGCUUCCGGGGCCCAUGCCUCCGCUUCCUACACUUCACUGUGUUACAGAGACGGUGACCUGGGCAGGGGGGCUUCCGAGGCCACCCCACACACUCGCCACCCACCCUGCAUGGUCCCCCCCAGGGCCUGGGGGGUGGAGAGAGGAGAGGGCCAUUGCAGGGAACCUGAUGUGCUCUGGGCACAUGACCUUGAGCCCAAGGGCAUUAAUGUGGAGCUGGGGCCAGCAGACGGCAGCACCCAAGGGACCUCUGCUGCCGCUCUCCUGCCUCUGGCUCAGGACUGCAGCCCGCCUUCCGCCCCUGAUGUGAGGACAAGUCCCCUUAGCCCCUGGGUUGCUGAUGGAAGCUCCAGGUCAGUAGGGGAUCCUGAGAAAAAGGCUACCGAGAAGAAAGUCAGCGCCGAGCUUGAGGCUCCCCCUUUCCACGCAGGCAGGUGCUCCGAGCCACCCGGGAGGUUUCAGGACAGCUCCGCUGGUGGCCAGAAUGCACAGGGCUCUCAAACCAAGCCAGAACCACCUGCAACACCUGGGGGACUACACAGCCUGAAUUUAAGUGAAGGGUGUGUUGCAAGGGAGCCGCCGGUGGGACCACAACAUAGAUGUUUGGGAAAUGCCAUCAGAUGCCUUCCAGAAAAGCGGCAACUUUCUGCGGAGUACAGGGAUCGUAGUGGCUUGGAUACCCAAGCCAAAUUGGUAGCAGAGUUACAGUGCGUCUCUAGUCCCCAGGUUGACGGCCCCCAGGAGGAGGAAGGGCAGCAGAGAGACCAGGCUUCAGGUGGCCGGGAAGAUACUGCCUGGGGCAGGAGCCCCCCUUGUGCUGAUGAAGGUGACUCAGGCAGCUGUGAGUACGAGGCUGUGGCCAGGCCCCCUGCAGCCUUCAGAGACUCAGCCACUGUCCCCUUGGGGCAGCAUGGAGCAUGUUGGCCUGCGGCCCAGGGCCCCGGGCAGCCCUCUUCUGGCGAGGAGCAGCCGGCACCGUGCCACCAGUGCUCACUUCCUGUGAACUCCAUCGUCUCUGGCCCCAAACACUCUAGACCGCAGUUCUCUGUGGUCAGCUCUCCCCAGUCUCUUCAGGAGCUAAGCUUGAGCGUGGAGCCUCCUUCCCCGACAGAUGAGGAUAUACAGGAGCCUAGCAGAUUGUGGACCCCAGAUCCCAGAGGCUCUUCCUCAGGAAAGUCUGCAGCAAGAACGUCUCUGAAAGCUGAGGGCCGUGAUCAGGAAGCCGCCUCUGACUUGGACGGCACCGCUGCUGAUCCCAGGCCCCUGCCAUCCACACCCCCUCCUUACCCGGCGACUUCAGCUGUCUCGUGCAUGCCGACCCCCGAUCUCAUGGCUGCUCAGCCAUUUGGUACUCCGGAACAGGCCCAGCCGGGAAAGCCGGAGAGACUGGGUGGCCAGGCCCGGCCAGAGGUGCAGCGCUCUGAGGCGGGCGGAGGAGCCCUGCUUUUUGGCUCCAGCGCCAUCAAUCCCUGCGUCCUGCCCUGGGGUCCCGAGGGGCCUGCGCGCGUUGGCUGGAAGCAGUAUGUGUUUGGCGGCGCAGCUGAUGUCUCCCGUGUCCCCACACCCCAGGGCCUGACACCGUCAGACGUGGACCAGUGCUCCUGCGAGGACGACGGCCUAGACGACCAGGGCUCCCCGGUCUACUCCCACCCCAGCACCUUGGCCAGUGCCGGAGCCCUGUCGAGCACACGCAGCCACGUCGAAAGUGCCUGCCGUUCCCAUGAGGCCUGGGGAGUCUGGGGUUCCUCGUUUUCCCUGGGGAGCCCCCACGUCCUGAUAAGCUCUGAAGGGGCAGCCCCCGCUAAGUGUCCUGAUGAGAGAGGUGGGUUCCCGGGCACCCCUAAUGAGGCAGGCUGCCUGAGGAGGGAGCCCCCCUUGGCUGGAGGAAGUGCUGCGGGCCUGGUAGAUGAGAUUAUGCCGCUGUACCCAUCAGAGGCGGGCGGCCCUGUGGGUGUGUCCAGGAUGAACACCUUGGAGCAGGGCACCCAGACCCUGGGCUGCAGGUCCCGCUGGAGUUACACUGACCUCUCCUCUACUCAGUCGGAUCUGGCCUCUUGGGCCUGCAUGCACAACCUCUCUCUCCACCUCUCGCAGCUCCUACACAGCACCUCAGAGCUGUUGGGGAGUCUCUCCCAGCCAAGUGUGGCCGAAAAGGAGUGGAAUGCCAAGAGGGAGACCCGGAGUGAGGUGCCCCAGGCACUGAGGAUGGACGGCUGUACUCAGACCACCAUGGAUGAGGGCAUCCAGACUGACCCGGCCUCACCACCUCUGCACCUCCAGGGCCCAGAGGCCAACCCUCAGAAAGUCAAUGCGGUCCUUGAAAGGCUGGGCUCAGAUCUUUCCAUCACGUCUCAGGAAAAGGGACAUGUCCCCAGGACGCUUAAGAAGAGAGAAGCAGAGGGGACCGCAUGGAAAAUAGCAGGGCCCCGAGAUCUUCAGGAAGAAAGCACCCUCUGCAGGCCCUGGAGCACCUCUGUACCCUCAUCCCACUUGCGUUUUCAGAAAGUCCCCUCUGGGCAGAACCUGCCUCCUCUGAGCCCCCAGGCUUCUCCGGAUGCCCCCCUGCCUCCCAGCCUGGCUGGUGGCAGCCCCGGCCGCAGCCUCAGUGCAUCUCCCUCACCAGGGCCCUGCCCCCACGCUGUGGAGCCUGUAGAGGAGCCUGGGGUGCGGAAGGAGCAGGGCCCCACAAGCGCCUUGCUGGUGGACAGGGCCUCCUCCCCGAUCCUCACGCUUAGCGCCAGCACCGAAGGGUCAGGGCGCCCCCCAGGCGCUUUGUCUCUCUUGGUCCCCUCAGCUCAUUCCCUUGAAGGCUGCCAGGAGCUUAUCUCCCGCCCAAGCCUUCCCCUGGGCGCCCCGAGGCCUGUAGUGGGUAAUUAUUCUCAAACCACUGAUGAGUCAGGUACUUCUCAGAGAGUGGAGGCUCCGUGUGGAGAAGGUAGCAGUUCCUUAGAAGUGGGUGACCACAGGUGCUCCCUUGGGCUGAGCUCCCGAGGCCACCCAGAGCAGAGUGCAAAGACCCAAGUCGGUUGCGUGGAGCAGGCCCCGCAGCGGUGUCAGCCCAGGACCACCACCGGGGUCCAAAGCAGACUGUCGCCUCCACCACCGGGAAGUAGGAGCCGGGGGCUGGCUGAUGGCUUUGUGUCUGAGGACGUGGCCUCCGUAGAGUGUGGCCCACUGAGCAGUAGGGGGCUGAGUCGAUGGCAGUGCAGGACAGAGAAUGGGGGUGAGAGCUCAGCGUCUCCAGAGGAGUCAUGGCCCGCUCUGAACAUUUCCUCUUCAUGGGGAGGCCUCCGGCGCCGCCGCCCCUGCCCUUUCUUUGAGUUGGCUGACACCCCAGGGCUUCGGGGUUGCAUCUUGGGCCCGACUGAGGCCUGCCAGCCUGAGGGGCCGCUGCGCCCCAGUUCCCAGAUGUGCACAGCCCCUGAGCCCCAGCACCACGGUCUGAGGGACCUCCCAGUGUAUAACAAAUCCAGCGAUUGGUGUGGGGGUCAGGAUGGCUCCCCUGGGGCGCUGGGUAUGAUGGAUUUGCUGGGGACCAGAGGUGAUUGCAGCUCAGGAGAGCAGGGACAGAGCCUCCCACAACCUCCUGAGGACCAGAGCCAGGCGCCCGAGAGGUCCCAGAGGGAGCAGAUCCCCCUGCGAGUUGGGGCCCAGACCUUCUCCCUCAGCGUGGAACUCACAGAAGCAAAACUGCACCACGGCUUCGGGGAGGCAGACGCCCUGCUGCAGGUGUUGCAGAACGGGACAGGGGAGGCACUCGCUGCCCUAGAGGAGGAGCCAUACGCCCGGCCAGAACGCACCGCAGAGAACCUCUGGAGGGAGCGGGCUGAGCGACUUCAGAACUUCCGCCGGAGGCGAAGCCUCAGCCCCGAGAAACAACUGAGCUUCCUAUUCAACCGGGAUCUCCCCACCUGGGCCUUUGACUUGCCCAGCAGGCGCCGAGAAUACCUGCAGCAGCUGAGGAAGGAUGUUGUGGAGACCACCAGGAGCCCAGGGUCAGCGUCAAGGUCUCCUCACCCACCCUCUGACAUAGAGCUGAUGCUACGAGAAUACCAGCGGGCCCGUGAGGAGGCCAAGGUGGAGAUUGCCCGGGCCCAGGCCCGACUGCGGGAGCAGACUGAACAGGAAAAGCUGAGAAUCCGCCAGCAGAUCGGCUGCCAGCUUCUGCGGGAAGAAGAAAAGCUACACACCCUGGCCGCCUCCAGCUCUUGGUGCACCAGCUCUAACGGAAGCCUCUCCUCUGGUGUCACCUCCGGCUACAAUAGCAGCCCAGCCUUGCCAGGCCAGCUCCAGUCCCCAGACAGUGUGGGGGACGCAAACUUGCCUGAUUCCAGAGACUCCUGGAUAGGGGAGGUGUGGGGCCGCUCUGCAGUGAGAAACAGUCAGCUGAACCUGGCCGGCUCUGCCUGGAAAACCUCAGCCUGCAGCCGCAGAGCCUCCCUGGGCAGUUGCUGCUGUUCUCCAUCCAGCCUGUCCAGCCUGGGGACCUCCUUCUCCUCCUCCUACAAGGAUUUGGCCAAGCACAUCGUGGACAUCUCUAUGGCUGAUGUAAUGGCUGCUUGCUCAGAUAAUCUGAACAACCUCUUCAGUGGCCAGGCAGCAACUGGCUGGAACCAUCAGGGCGAGGAGCAGGAGGUGCAAAUGUACUACAAGGUGUUUUCUACUACUCGGCAUGGCUUCCUGGGGGCUGGUGUGGUGUCCCAGCCACUGUCUCACGUGUGGGCAGCUGUGAGUGACCCCACCUUGUGGCCCCUGUACCACAAGCCCAUCCAGACAGCGAGGCUGCAUCAGCGGGUGACCAACAGCAUCAACCUGGUGUAUUUGAUGUGCAAUACCACCCUGUGUGCACUGAAGCAGCCAAGGGAUUUCUGUUGUGUCUGCGUGGAAGCCAAAGAGGGGCAACUGUCUAUCAUGGCAGCUCAGUCUGUGUAUGAUGCGUCCAUGCCGAGACCCAGCAGGGAGAUGGUCCGAGGGGAGAUCCUGCCCAGUGCCUGGAUCCUGCAGCCCCUCACUGUGGAAGGGAAGGAGAUCACCAGAGUCAUCUACUUGGUCCAGGUAGAACUUGGUGCUCCAGGAUUCCCCCCUCAGCUCCUAAGCUCCUUCAUCAAACAGCAGCCGCUGGUUAUAGCCAGACUGGCUUCCUUCCUUGGUAGUUAGCAUCUCACAGUCAAGAUGGCGCUCCAGGACACCCCAGAGAUGCUGGGGCAGCUCUUGUUACUCUCCGUAUCCUGAUGUAAGAAGAGCCGAGGCUACCUGCUGUGGGUGACUAGGCACAGCACUCAGCCCCGAGUUGCCAGCAAAACCUGGUCAGUACUUGGUCACAGCUGGCACCUCUGCAGAGCAAGGGGGUCUGAGCUCCUGGCUGUCCAGAGUGAAUGAAGCUCAACUCACCUUUUUGGAUUUCUCACCUUUUUUUUUCCCCGUCUCUGGGACCCUAUGGCAUACAGGCCACUCAAGGAUCAGGACUGGACACAGCCAGCAGAGCUGGGAGCCUGCAGUGCUCUGACAUGGUGCUUACUUAGUUCGGCGCAGCCCUAGGGCUAAUAGGGAAGCAGGAGCCAUUGGCCAAGACUCUGCUCAGAAUGUGCUCCAGCAGUCAGCUCCACUGUGGGAUGGGGUGUUAGGAAACAGAAAACGGUUUAAAAAAAACAGCUGCACAAA